CCCGGGCUCUUUGUGGGACCCGGAGCUCGGUGGAGAGCUGGGAGCUGGGUCUGCACUGCCGACGCCGGUCUCGGGAAGGCGGACCGGCGAGCGCCCAGGGCCAGCGCUCGGCUGCCCGCAGCUCUCCCCUGUGCCCGUGUCAUCCUUACUCGGGACGCAGCGACCCUUUUUUUAAAACACAAGGGCGUGGGUCAGCCUCCCCUAGGACUUCAUGUCUGUAUAUUUCCCCAUUCACUGCUCUGAUUAUCUGAGAUCAGCCGAAAUGACUGAGGUGAUGAUGAAUACUCCAUCCAUGGAAGAGAUUGGCCUCAGCCCCCGGAAGGAUGGCCUUUCCUAUCAAAUCUUCCCUGAUCCAUCAGACUUUGACCGUUGCUGCAAACUGAAGGACCGCCUGCCCUCCAUAGUGGUGGAACCCACAGAAGGGGAGGUGGAGAGCGGGGAGCUGCGGUGGCCCCCUGAGGAGUUCUUGGUUCAGGAGGAUGAGCAAGACAACUGUGAAGAGACGACAAAAGAGAAGAAGGAACAGUAAAGUUCCCUUGGGCUCACUGAGGUCGUGUCAGCCAGCAUACCUGAACUGUUUUUCCCAUGGUGAUGGAAGAAGAGAGUGAGCCACAUCAUUCUGAAAAUGUCAAAAGAGGCUUCCGUUUUGCACCUGAAAA